UACAGGUUGAAGAGGUACAGGGUUUGGUCACAAGCAGCCCGAAGUUUAAAGGGCAGAGAGAGCAGGCAGGCGCAACGCGAAGUGUGCCAAAAAAGACAGGUGGAGGAGGCUGGGGGACGCGGAGCAGUGGCGAAUUUAGCGACCGACGGAGGUGCAAAGCUGGAAACGUCCGCUCCUUCUGCCCCUUCCUUUCUUUCCCUCCCCACCUGGGUUGGUGACUCAGCCACCCCAGGUUGAAAGAACUGCGAUGUAGGCUGUGAAUUUGGAAACUCAAAGAGUUAACAGAUCAAAAACUAACACAGGGGAGGAGAGAAAGACCACACCCCAAGGGAGUGCGGAGCCAAGUCACAGGAGGAAAAUCCUAUUGGCAUCGAGGAGGCACGGAACCCGCCCCUGGGCGCGGCCUGCAGGGGGCAGGCGAUCGCCCAGGAAAGCGGGGGCAGAAGGAGGCCCAAGCAGGUGCACUCGGCAGCCACCCGCAGUUGCAGGGACCCCUCCUGGCACCUCCGCCCGGUGCGCCCUCCUCGGCUCGCGAACCCCGCGCUGCGCUCUGCCGCUGACAUGUGCGCCGCCCCGAUGCCGCCCCUGGCGCACAUCUUCCGAGGGACAUUCAUCCACUCCACCUGGACUAACCCCAUGGAGGUGCUACGGGACCACCUCCUCGGCGUGAGCGACAGCGGCAAAAUAGUGUUUUUAGAAGAAGCAUCUCAACAGGAAAAGCUGGCCAAAGAAUGGUGCUUCCGGCCGUGCGAAGUAAGAGAACUGAGCAACCAUGAGUUUUUCAUGCCUGGGCUGGUUGAUACGCACAUCCAUGCCGCUCAGUAUUCUUUUGCUGGGAGUAAUGUAGACCUGCCACUUUUGGACUGGCUGACCAAGUACACGUUUCCUGUAGAACACAAAUUCCAGAACCUCGAUUUUGCUGAAGAAAUAUAUACCAGAGUUGUCAGGAGAACACUAAAGAAUGGAACAACCACGGCUUGUUACUUUGGAACAAUUCACACUGACUCAUCCCUGCUCCUUGCAGAAAUUACAGAUAAAUUCGGGCAGCGGGCAUUUGUGGGCAAAGUCUGCAUGGAUUUGAAUGUUACUGUUCCCGAAUACAAGGAGACCACUGAGGUGUCAAUCGAGGAGACAGAGAGAUUUGUGUCGAGAAUGCUCCAAAAGAACUAUUCUAGAGUGAAGCCCAUAGUGACACCACGUUUUUCCCUUUCCUGCUCUGAGACUUUGUUGGGUAAACUGGGAAACCUCGCGAAGACCCAUAAUUUGCACAUUCAGAGCCACAUAAGUGAGAACUCCAGUGAAGUAGCAGCUGUGAAGAACUUAUUUCCUGAUUAUAAAAACUACACAGAUGUGUAUGAUAGGAACAAUCUUCUGACAAAUAAGACAGUGAUGGCGCACGGCUGCUACCUUUCCGCCGAGGAACUCAAGGUGUUCAGGGAGCGGGGAGCGGCGCUCUCACACUGCCCCAAUUCUAACUUAUCGCUCAGCAGCGGCUUUCUCAAUGUCCUUGAAGUCAUGAAACACAAAGUGAAAAUAGGGCUCGGUACAGAUGUGGCCGGUGGUUAUUCAUCUUCCAUGCUUGAUGCAAUCAGAAGAGCAGUGAUGGUUUCCAAUAUACUUUUAAUUAAUAAGAUAAAUGAGAAAAGCCUCAGCCUCAAAGAGGCCUUCAGACUAGCUACUCUUGGAGGCAGUCAAGCCCUGGGGCUGGAAAAAGAGAUUGGAAACUUUGAAGUGGGCAAGGAAUUUGAUGCCCUCCUGAUCAACCCCAAAGCGUCUGACUCUCCCAUUGACUUGUUUUCUGGGGAUUUUUUUGGUGAUCCGUCGGAAGCUGUUAUCCAGAAGUUCCUCUAUGUAGGAGAUGACCGAAAUAUUGAAGAGGUUUACGUGGGCGGAAAGCAGGUGGUACCCUUUUCAAGCUCAGUGUAAGACCCUUGGCCUCUACCAGCUCUGGGAUCACGUGGUUCUGCGUCUCCCUUGUGCCCGGGCGGAGUUAGAAAGUCAAAAAAUAGUAUCUUGUU